CAAGUGAAUAUUAUUUUUGAUUAUUUAAUCGGAUUUUCAUACAUUUUCAAUCGACAUGAAGAAGGAACAAAUCCGCUAUCUGUUGGACCUUUCCAUCGAAGAGAAGCGCGCAUUUCUCGAUUCGUUUGAUUCGAUAAUGUCGGAUUGUGACGGUGUGGUAUGGAACUUCACCGGUCCGAUUCCCGGCGUUGAUAAGGCCCUGCAAUUGCUAAAGAAAAACGGUAAAAAACUGACAUUUAUUUCAAACAACGGAAUGCGCACAAUGGAGGAAUAUAAACAGAACUUUAACAAACUGGGAAUCAUGGUUCAUGAAAAUAACAUAGUUCAUCCGGCAUUAACGACGGUCAAGUACCUCAAGUCGAUCAAAAUGCAGGACGCGGUGUAUUGUAUAGGCACUGAAAUAUUCAAAGAUUAUCUGCGGAACGCAGGGUUCACAGUUCUUGAUGGGCCCACAAAACGCUUUCCCGAUGAAAGGGUGGUGAACUCGGUGCGAGUCUACACCAGCUACUUUGAGGAAACCGACAGUCCGAAGGUUGGUGCUGUGGUAAUGGACCUCGAUGUCAACGUUUCCCUUGCGCAUCUAAUGAAGGCCAAAUGUUAUCUGGAGCGAAAUCGAGACUGCGUUUUGAUAGCUGGUGCCACAGAUAAAAUCGUUCCGUUGGAUACCAGUAUGGAUGUGAUAGGGCCGGGCUAUUUCAUUGAUGUGUUAGAACGUGCCUCCGGUCGUAAGGCGUUGGUCCUUGGAAAACCUGGGUUGGCACUGGCCAACUUUGUGCUGGAGCAGUUCAAUGUGGUCAAUCCUGAGAAGACGUUGUUUAUCGGAGACAUGCUUCCUCAAGAUAUGGGCUUCGGAACCCGAUGUGGCUUUCAGAAGAUUCUAAUGCUAAGCGGCGGUACGACGAAAGGAAUGAUGUAUUCCCACGACAAACCGAAUGAAUUGCCCGAUUAUUAUGCAAAAAGCUUCGCAGACUUCAUUCAGUUGUAUAAAGAUGUUGCUGAAUUCUUCUCCAACAAAAGCCUCAUUGCGCUGCGUCCAACUUUUUUUAUGAAUCAAGGUAUCAAGGUAAUCAAGCUGAAAAGUCGGAAGAUGCCGCCCGGUCGAAAUGUGGACGGAUCACGGAUCGCGUGGCGUGGAGACCAGGAGGAGACCGGAACGCAUGGCUACCCACGAGACAUGCGCACCACUUGGUGGCGGCGUUUCGACCACCCUCAACAAAUUUCGGCGAAGGUCACCCAACUCGCUGUUUGGCAUAAAGUUAUUCUGUGCCAGAAGUCUUGCUGGGAAGGCCAUCAGUACACUGCCGGUUUCUGCCCAUCGGGGUCAACCAAAGUCGUGGCUCUAGCCUACCACCGGAGAUUGUCGAAAAUAUCGGAGAUGGAACAUAUUCGCCAUGUGUUGGAUCUCUCCGUGGAAGAGAAGCGUGCCUUUCUCGAUUCAUUUGACAUGGUUAUGUCGGAUUGCGAUGGUGUAAUGUGGAACUUCACUGGACCGAUUCCUGGCGUAGAUAAGGGUCUACAAUUGCUCAAAGAACAGGGUAAAAAGUUGGCCUUCAUUUCCAACAAUGGAAUGCGCACAAUGGAGGAGUACAAGCAGAACUUUUGCAAGCUAGGAAUCGAAAUUCAAGAACGUGACGUAGUUCAUCCGGCGUUGACGACGGUUAAGUACCUCAAAUCGAUCAAUAUGCGAGAUGCUGUGUAUUGCAUAGGAACAGAAGUGUUUAAAGAUUAUCUACGAAACGCGGGAUUUGUGGUGCUGGAUGGGCCCACGAAACGUUUUCCUGACGAAGGUGUAGCCAACUCAGUACGCGUCUAUUACGACUACUUCCGGGAGGCAGACAUUCCUAAGGUCGGAGCUGUGGUAGUGGACAUCGAUGUGAACAUUUGCCUUGCACAAAUGAUGAGAGCCAAAUGUUAUUUGCAACGGAACCACGAUUGCCUUCUCAUUGCUGGCGCAACAGAUUUUAUCAUCCCGUUGGAUUCCAACACCGAUGUGAUAGGACCGGGUUACUUCAUCGAAAUACUGGAACGCUCAUCUGGCCGAGAUGCCUUGGUUCUCGGAAAACCAGGCCAAGCGUUGGCUAGUUUCGUGCUAGAACAGUUCCACGUGACCAAACCGGAACGGACACUUUUUGUGGGAGACAUGCUACCUCAAGAUAUGGGCUUUGGAACACGGUGCGGGUUUCAGAAAAUUCUUGUGCUAAGCGGAGGCACAACUAAGGAAAUGAUGUUGUCCCAUAACAAACCAGAAGAACUGCCCAAUUACUACGCCGAUAGCUUCGCUGAUCUGAUUCAGUUGUACAAAGACGUUACCGAAUAACACUCUGAUUCUAGGAUAAUAACUAUUUCUAACUUAGAUUGAGUGAUUUGGCUUAAAGUGAUCAGUUAAUAAUGAGAUGAAUAUGGAUGUAAAUUCAGUAUCACAGCAUGAACACAUUUGAAAAAAUAUCUGUAUUUCACUUAUUUUUCCACUAUUUUCUUCUCAAAGAAAGAAUAAAUACUGCUAUUCUGUUUUAAACUUAUUCAAAAAUUAUAUAUCCAUUACA